AGUAUAGCUUGAGCUAUCCUCAGUCGGACGUUGGAAUUUGCCAAGAAUUAGUUUAUCAAGUGACCCUAAGCUUAAAAAAAAGGCGCGAUUACAAAAUGGAGCAUAAUUUGAAUGAAAUAAGAAGGUAUUCGGAGGCAGCAGGCCUAAAUCACGUAUCAGAAUGGGAGUUAUUUUUAAUGUUAAACGCCCAUUCGGACGGUAAAAUUCAUUGGAAAAAAUACCAGCAACGUGAACCCCAAAACGAGCUCCAUUGGAUCCAAUCUCUCCAGGGCUGGUACCCGAAAGAGAAAGGCAAAUUUUACAAAAGAUUCGCGCCCUACGAGUCGAUUAUAAGCGUCGAUUCUGAACGCCCGCAGAAUUUAAUUCGCAUGAAUCUGAAUAACCGUCAAGCCUAUCACCUAUCGACCGAGCUGUCGAGAGCUCGAUUACGCGUGCGCAUCGGCAAGCAACUACGGAUAGACGAGCUGAUAAUCGAGGGUCUGCUCUGGCCGGCCAAAUGCAUCGUCAAAUUGGCUCUGAGCGCCGACUGGUUUUUCAAGGCGGACUAUUACCUGACGGAGCCUGACUUUUACAUCCCACACAUACUGACUCGCGCGUCGGCCAGGACGUUUCGCGCUGUCAUGUUCAAGCUGGCGAAAACAUUGCGCUUUGACAGAGCCAAAGCACAGUCCUUCUACGAGAAAGUGUCCAGAGCCUUCGACGAGAGGAGGGCCUUGCCGUUGCUGCUGGCCUGCUCGCACAGCUUCACCCUGGAAGCCUUGAAAAAUUACAAGACGCCGCUGACGCGAGACUUGAUGAAAAAGCUGUGCAGGCAGCGUCCGAUCCUAGUGGUGGAUUACAGGUACACCAUUGGCAAGUGGCAAUUCGAGCGAUGGUACGACAGGCUCUACUUGUGGAGUCUAUGGUUCACCAAAAAAUUCAUUGCCUAUUAUCCGCUGGAUUAUCUGUCCUUUUUUUUACCCAAAGAGAUAGAUAUAAUUUGCUAUCAUGCUGAUCUGUGUGACAGACCGAAGAGCAAACAAGCUAUGAUUAUAUUCAAGAAGAAAAAAAAUAAAAAAAUAUAUGUACUUGAAAAGUACAGAUACUUUCGGCAAGUAUUUCCUUUUUCGGGCAUUUGGUCCAAGUUGAAGCUGGAACACAGGGUAGCCCUGAUAAUGGCUUCGAUGGAUCGUUUGCUACUCAAUAAACGAUUGGUCAAUGAAGAAAUUUUCACGUUUUUGAAGCUUGGCGGACAGAAUAAACUUCGAUUAUUAGCAGGUGUUUACGAAAAAAAAUAUGGCCAAUCGAUUUUCGCAGAUCCCUCGUAUUUGAGUUACAUAUUCCCUUACUUGCCACAGAAUGAUAUUGGGUUUUUUAGGGACACUUUUUUACGAGCGAAUCCAAAUCUUAAGGACAAUUUUAGCACUCCGGUAGGGUUCACACCGCUUCGAGCUACGAUGAUUUGUAUCAAAGAAUAUCUUCCUAAUAAAUUUGAUGAAAACGUCGUUCCCGAUUUGUUCAUCGCUUGCUGCUUGCACAACAGCCAGCUGGACACGUUCGAAAUGUUGAGUUACUACGAGAGUGUAAUGGAUUAUGGAGACAUUAAGCAAGCUACUGAUUGGCUCCAGACGCUGUUCACUCAUAUCGACCUGACGACUCUGGAGGAGAACAGCUGGACAGUGCUGAUGAAAAUUGUGCACAAAUUUCGCGUGGAAAACCAUCGCGACUUUUGUGAAGAUCCUGAAAAAAAACCUUUGGCAAAUCUAUUGGUCGAACUCAUAAAGAUCUUUUUGGUCGUCAAAGAACGCGACGACGAAUUUUACGAAUGUUUGUUUGUCCAUUUGUACCUAUUUGGUAUCGACAACUGGUGCUGGCCACUAAAGAACGAUAAAAGAAAAGAGCGAGACUACCUUGAAAAAUUAUUCAACUGUUUCUCCAAGUACGUGCUCGGGGACAUAAUAAGCUGGUCGGCAUUACCCGACAGCAAGAGAAUCAAGUUGAUGCGUGCCUACAGAAAUGCCGCGAAGAGCGCCAACAAGCAUCACAGCAAGUACGGGCGCAAGAGUCUCGACCUGGGCCCUUUCGUCAAGCUUUACGAUCACGUAAUGCGAUCGAUGAUCGACGACGACAUAGAACGCGAUAUCAACUCGAAGGAAUUGAGAAAGUUGCUCCCGCUCAAAACGUUCACGGACUACGAGUUGAAGUCGACUGAAAGAUCUCUCGAAUGCAUCCCAGUCUGCAGACUCGGAUUGUUGCUCAAGCACAAACGGCCCUCGAUCUGGAUAAAUUGGACAAAGUACUUCGAGGUUUGUCGUAACGUCCUGAGCAUCAGAUCUGAUAGUGAAAUCGCUUGGAAGAAAUCGAGGGUGGCUCAGUUCCUCAAGAGCAUCAAGUGGUACGCCGAUCUGCCGAUCAAAUACGUCGAAAAGUGCAGCGACGAGCUCCUCGUGCCGGGCAGCGUCGAGGUGCUGUCCUACCUGGUGGACGGGCCGACUUUUCAAGAGAUCGUCACGCGGCAUCUGUUGGAGAACGAAAAACCGAUCGGUCAGCUGUCGAAGGUCCAUCCCCAGAUUUUCAUGGCCAUCGCCGAGUCGAUGCCACGCGUCGAGAGCCCCGUCACGCUGUCCUUCGCCAUCGAAUUCUUUUCGCUCUGUGAGAAGCGAUCGAACAUGCCGAACGCGUUCGUGUCCUUGUUGUACCGCUGGCCGAUGGACCAACUGAAGCACAGUCUUCCGCGUUUAGCCGACAGUCCCAAGCCGGUCAGGAUGGCCUUCGUCGAGGCCGCUUUGAAGGUGAUGCCGGUAAGAUGCGUGAUCGCGCAUUUCGAGUCGGCGUGGAUGGAUACGAGCGAUGACGACCUCAGGUGGAAGUACGUCAAGCUCUUGAUAGAGUACUUCAACGAGACCAAAAAUAUGAAUUUUUGGAAAUUACUCGAAACAUGCGUAAUAUAUUUGAAUGUUCCGCGGAACGAAGUGUAUAUUUAGAAACUGAUUGUUACAGAGGAAGAAAAAUUUCGUGAAAAAUGCAUCAUUUACAAUAACCAUGAUCACGCACGCUCGAGCUUCAUGAUAAUUCAAUUUGUAUUUUCAUGAAAAGAAUUACGGCACGUUUUAUGUGAGUACUGAUCCAUGAAAAUAAUAAUUGAAUACUUGAUGGCCCCAAAUGUGUAUCAAGGUUACUAUAACAUGAUGUAUAAUUUUUUUGUAAUCUUUUCCUUUCUAUAAGUCAAAUUUUAUAUCAUAUAUGUAAUUGUUUUUUACAUAGUCAAAUUUAAAAGUUAGAAAAAACGAAUAAACUAUGUACUAGUCAUGAUUUUACAAGAUAGACUUUAGCAAAAAUAAACCAAUCACAAACAGUAA